AUGAAUGCUAAUAGUGCACCUGGACCUGAUGGAUUUGGGGGUGGCUUUUAUCAGCUCUGUUGGGACAUUAUCAAAGAGGAUCUGCAAAAAGUGGUAAGAAGUUUCUUUGCUGGUAAGAGCCUUAUUAGGCCAAUUACCAGCACUGCAAUUGUCUUAAUUCCAAAAGUCCCAAACCCUGCCACCUUCAAUCAAUUUAGGCCAAUCAGCCUAAGCAAUUUUUGCAGUGAAAUCAUAACCAAAAUCUUGGUGCAAAGGUUGGCAGGGAUUCUAGCAAGAAUAAUAUCCCCAGUCCAGGUUGGAUUUGUGAAGGGUAGGAGUAUAAUUGACAAUGUAUUACUUGCCCAGGAAAUAUGUCAUGGCAUGAAAGCCUCAAAUGAAGAUAUGAUCUUAAAAUUGGACAUGACAAAAGCAUAUGACAGAAUGGACUGGGGAUGCAUCACCAAUGUGCUAAAGAGACUUGCUUUAUGUCAAAAAUGGAUAGAACUGGUCUCUGGCACAAUCAAUAAUAUUUGGUACUCUGUUGUUGUUAAUGGGGAAUCAAAGGGUUUCUUUCACUCAUCCAGGGGAUUGAGGCAAGGAGACCCUUUAUCCCCAAGUUUGUUCAUUUUAGCUGCAGAGCUGUUCUCUAGAUUGCUGAGCCAAAAGAGGUCCCUCUUCUCACAACCAAUGGGGAGCCCAGGAAUAAACCACUUAGCCUUUGCAGAUGAUAUGGUGAUCUUUACAUCAGGGAAGAAUGGAGGGAUUCAGGAAAUAAUGGAGGUUUUGGAGACAUAUGAGAAGCAGUCUGGGCAACUUAUAAACAAACAAAAAAGUGCUUUCUAUGUUCAUCCAAGAGCCCCAGAUGAAAACAUUGAAAGAAUAAGGGACAUUUCUGGUUGCCAGCAUAAGAACUUCCCAUUUACAUACUUGGGGUGCCCCAUUUACGAAGGCAGAAAAAGGGUAGAGAUGUUUAAUGGACUAAUGGAGAGAAUAGCAGAGAGAUGUAAGGGCUGGCAUGCAAGGGUUCUAUCACAGGGAGGGAAAGCUGUACUCAUAAAAACUAUUCUCCAGGCCAUGCCAACACAUAUAUGCUAUGCAAUAAACCCCCCUAAAGCCAUAAUAAAGCACAUAGAGAAGCUAUUCUCUGAUUUUUUCUGGGGCAAGAGGGAGGAUAAAAACAAAUACCACUGGGGAUCAUGGAAAACCUUAGCCAGGCCAACAAAAGAAGGAGGAGUGGGGUUUUUAAAAAUGCAGGAGCUGGUGGAUGCAGCUAGUGCUAAAUUAUGGUGGAACUUUAGGAGAGGGGGCACAAUUUGGUGUGAUUUCAUGAUGGCCAAGUAUUGCAGAGACUCACAUCCUGUUGUCAUAGGUUGGCAAUAUAAGGAUUCACACAUAUGGAGAAGAAUGGCCCAUGUAAGAGAUAGGGUGGAACCUCAGGUGGCUUGGCAAGUGGAAAGAGGAGAGCUGAAUGUAUGGUGGGAUGAUUGGUCAGGAAAGGGGGCCUUGGCAAGUGUUAUGAAUCUGAGAGGGAAAAGGAAGGCAAAGGAGAAGAUAAAAGAUGCUGUGGUGGAUAAUAGAGUGAAUCUGCAAAGGCUAAGUGGUCAAGCUUUGGGGCAAGUGCAGGAUUGGAAUGUAGCAAUGCAGCUGACAGAAAGGGAGGACAAGGCAAUCUGGAAACCAACUGGGAAGGAAUUUACCUUUAGAACAGCAAAAGAGUUAAUGAGAGAGUCUGGUACACAUCAUGUGGGCUUGUGGUGUAAAAAGAUAUGGGCAAAAGGAGUGCCUUGGAAAAUGUCAUUCUUGACCUGGAGAGUGUUUAUGAGAAAACUGCCAACUGAUGAUGUUUUAAGAAGGAUGGGAUACCAAUUUUCUUCCAGGUGCUCUUGCUAUUUACACCCUGGAUGUGAUGAGCUGCAACACAUAUUUGGAACUGGGGGUACUGCUAGGCAUGUCUGGGAUUACUUUGCAAAAUCCAUGGGAAUGAGAGUUAGUGUGAGAUCUGAAAGACAUAUUUGUUAUGAGUGGUGGAAAUUCAAAUGGAAGAAUAGGAUGAUGGAGUUUAUGGCACAAAGGCUACCAAUGCUAAUUUUGUGGGAGUUAUGGGUGAACUAUAACCAUUGUAAGUAUGGGGGAGGAAGGCCUUCUGUGGCCAGAAUCAUAUACAAGGUUACCAAAGAUAUGGCUGAAUGUAUACAGAGGAAAUGGCCAUACUGGGAUCCUCUCCCUCCAAACUGGAUGAUCAUAUUGAGGAAGGCUGAGUCUUUUGGUUGUGUAAGGAUAGUACAGAGGUCAUGUUGGGUGAGGCCUGGACCUGGGGCAAUCAAGAUUAAUUGGGCUGUGGAUGAUGAAGAGAGAUCAUGUUCCUUUUUUGUAAGGAAUUCCAGUGGGAGAUUCUGUCUUGCUGGGGUCUACACCUUAAGAGAAGGGCAAGAUUUGAAGAGCCUGAUUCAAGAGAUGAUGAGAUACUGCUGGAGUUGGUGUAAUCUUAAGAGAAUGGAGAAGGUGUCUUUUGAGACAAAUAAUUGGAGGGAAACUGAUCUGGAUUGUUUAAGCUUGCAAGGUCACCAAGUUAGAAUGGAGACUUGUUUAGACAAAGUUAACUGUGUGGCCAUCUGUUUAGCUAACAGAUGCUUUGGCCUGGAUAUAAUUUUUAGCAAGGUGGAAGGUCUCCCAAGGGGCUUAGAAAUGAUUCUAGCUUUGGAAGGGGUCCCCCACUUUGUGUUCUUCCCUGGUGUGGACAGGAUUAGAUGA